AUGAGUGAGCGACCACAGCCAUUGAAAGCCAUUAAUAAAUUCUUUGAUGGGAAAGAGCCAUGGCAAAUUGUAACAAUGACAGCCUCUUCUGUUUUGGCCCUUGUUUGGGCUCACAGUCUUUACAAUGCAAAAGAAAGUCCUACCACAAGGCUAAGGAAAGAGUUCUUUCGAUGGCUCCGUCGUGUACCAAUUGUACGUCGAAAAAUUGAAGAGAAAAUGAAUGAAAUCAAGGCAGACUUUCGCAAAGAUGUGGCAAAGAGACUUGCUGGUGUCAAUGUUAAUAGGAAGCUCCCGGAGAACGGUCUGCCUUCAGAACGUGUUGUAGAAGAAAUAAGGGAUCACUUGAGCUUAGGUUCCUACGACUGGAAGGGCGGCCACGUAUCAGGUGCCGUAUAUCACACGAAUGAAGACAUUUAUCGUGUAGCGUGUGACGCGUAUGCGCUAACGGCCUAUACUAAUCCUCUACACGCUGAUGUCUUCCCGGGCAUUAAUAAGAUGGAAGCUGAAAUUGUUAGAAUGGCGAUCAAUUUAUUCCACGGAGAUGACAAGUGCUGCGGCACGGUUACAACCGGUGGUACAGAGUCAAUAAUGAUGGCGUGCAAGGCGUUCAGGGAUCGCGCAUACAGCAAGGGCAUAAGCAAUCCUCAAAUGGUACUUGCCACGACGGCUCACACCGCCUUUGACAAGGCCGCGCAAUAUUUGGGCAUUUCGGUUGUCACUGUUCCUGUCAAUCCUGACACUUUGACAGUUGACAUCGAAGCUGUCAAGAAGGCCAUUGGACGCAGGACUUGUUUGAUUGUUGGGUCAGCACCCAACUUCCCUUACGGCACAAUGGAUGACAUCCGAGCCCUAUCCAACAUAGCCUUAGAGUACGAGAUUCCCUUACACGUAGACGCGUGUCUUGGCGGUUUCGUAGCGUGCUUUAUGCCGGAUGCCGGAUAUCCGGUUCCCGAUUUUGAUUUCCGGCUACCAGGUGUCGCUAGUAUGUCUGCUGAUACACAUAAGUACGGGUUCGCGCCUAAAGGAACGUCAGUGGUACUCUAUCGUCAUGAAGAGUACAGGCAUGGUCAGUACACGGUCACUACUGACUGGCCCGGAGGCGUCUAUGGCUCGCCCACUGUUAAUGGCAGCCGUGCGGGUGGUUCAAUCGCAGCCUGUUGGGCUAGCAUGAUGUAUAUUGGGAAGAAUCGGUACGUUGACAUGACGAGGGAGAUAUUGCAGACCACGAACUACAUACUUGAAGAACUCCGAAAGAUAAAGGGUAUCUUCAUAUUCGGAAAACCUGCGACUACCGUCAUUGCAUUCGGCUCGAAGCAAUUCGAUAUAUUCAAAAUGGCCGACUUGUUACACAAAAAGGGGUGGAGUUUGAAUGCUCUACAAUUUCCGUCUGGGAUCCACAUCUGCGUGACCCACGCCCACACAGCAGAAGGCGUGGCGGAACGCUUCGUCAAUGAUACUCGCGUAGUUGCAGCGGAGUGCUUGAAGGCUGGCGAUGCUCCUGUCGAAGGAAAGAUGGCCAUUUACGGCGUCGCCCAGGGCAUCUCGGAUCGCAGUCUGGUGUCAGAUAUUACAAAACAUUUCAUUGACUCCAUGUACUAUUUGCCCACGGAGCAGGACUACGAUAAAAAAUAA